AACAUGUCUUCACUUUUUCUUUGGAGUUUGGUUAUUUUAUUGACAUUUGCUGAAUCAGAUGGUGAAGCUGGAAGACUUGAGUUGCAGAGACAAAAAAGAAAUACUGACCUCCAACAGCCUCGGAUGGCUUCAGAGAGAGGAAAUUUAGUGUUUCUCACUGGGUCUGCUCAAAACAUUGAAUUUAGAACUGGAUCCCUGGGAAAAAUUAAAUUAAAUGACGAAGACUUUGAUGAAUGCUUACAUCAGAUCCAGAAAAACAAAGAUGAUAUUACAGAUUUAAAAAGGAGUGCAGUCGGUCUGCCGCAAAAUAUUUCUAGUGAAAUCCAUCAGCUUAAUUCCAAGUUUGUGGAUCUUGAGAGAAAGUUUCAAAGCUUACAGCAGACAGUGGACAAAAAGGUGUGUAGCAGCAAUCCCUGCCAAAACGGUGGAACCUGUCUCAAUCUUCAUGACUCCUUCUUUUGUAUCUGUCCCUCACAGUGGAAGGGUCCUCUGUGCUCAGUGGAUGUCAAUGAAUGUGCGAUUUACUCAGGAACACCCUUCGGCUGCCAGAAUGGAGCCACGUGCAUAAAUACAGCAGGAAGUUACAGCUGUCAGUGCUCACCUGAGACCCACGGCCCCCAGUGUGAAUCCAAAUACAACGACUGUGAAGGCGGCUCCAAGGCGCUCUGUGUCCAUGGCAUCUGUGAGGACCUGGUCCGCGUGCAGGCAGGAGAGCCCAAGUACAGCUGCAUCUGUGAUGCUGGGUGGACGUCCCUGCACGACGACAGCUCGCCCUGCACGCUGGACAGAAACGAGUGCAGCCUCCAGCCUGGGCCUUGUUCUACGCUUGUGCAGUGUUUCAACACUCCAGGCUCCUUCUAUUGUGGGGCCUGUCCCACAGGCUGGCAAGGAAAUGGAUACGAAUGCAAAGAUAUCAAUGAAUGUGAGAUGAAUAACGGUGGUUGUUCUGUGGCUCCACCUGUUGAGUGUGUGAAUACACCUGGGUCUUACCACUGCCAGACCUGUCCACCAGGGUACCAGGGCGAUGGAAGAGUGUGCACCCUUAUAGACGUCUGCUCCGUCAAUAACGGAGGCUGCCACCCACACGCGUCAUGCUCCUCGGGUCCAGCUUCCUUACCUCUCUGCACCUGUCUCCCGGGAUAUACUGGAAAUGGCUAUGGCCCAAAUGGAUGUGUGCAACUCAGCAACAUUUGCCUGAGUCGCCCCUGUUUAAACGGACAAUGCAUCGAAACAGUCUCUGGUUAUCUUUGUAAGUGUGAAUCAGGUUGGGCUGGUAUCAACUGCACAGAAAAUAUCAAUGAAUGCCUGAGCAACCCCUGUUUGAAUGGAGGAACUUGUGUUGAUGGCAUUAAUGCUUUCAGUUGUGAAUGCACACGUUUCUGGACUGGAUCUCUCUGUCAGAUUCCCCAGCAAGUUUGUGGAGGGUCCCUCUCAGGGAUGAAUGGCAGCUUUAGCUACCAGAGCCCUAGUGUUGGUUAUGUUCAUGAUGUUAACUGCUUCUGGGUUAUCCGAACUGAAGAAGGAAAGGUGCUGCGUAUCACUUUCACAUUUUUCCAGUUAGAAUCAGUGAACAAUUGUCCACAUGAGUUUCUUCAAAUUCAUGAUGGAGAUUCCUCUGCAGCAUUUCAACUUGGAAGGUUCUGUGGCUCCAGACUCCCUCAAGAACUCCUCAGUAGUGACAAUGCUCUCUAUUUUCAUUUCUAUUCUGACCAUUUAAGAAAUGAGAGAGGCUUUACAAUAAGAUGGGAAACACAGCAACCAGAGUGUGGAGGUAUACUGACAGACACUUAUGGUUCUAUUAAGUCUCCCGGAUAUCCUGGAAACUAUCCCCCAGGAAGAGAUUGUGUCUGGAGAGUUUUAACCAGUCCUGGCCUUCUGAUAACAUUUACCUUUGGGACCUUGAGUCUGGAGCAUCAUGAGGAUUGCAGCAAAGAUUAUCUUGAGAUUCGAGAUGGUCUUUUGACUCAGGAUCCUGUGCUUGGGAAAUUCUGCACCACUCUCUCUGCCCCACCACUCCAGACUACAGGUCCCUUUGCCAGAAUUCAUUUUCAUUCUGACAACGAGAUUAAUGACCGAGGCUUCCAUAUCACCUACUUCACCUCACCUUCGGAUCUGCCUUGCGGAGGGAACUACACAGACCCAGAGGGUCUUCUCUCUGCGGACUUGUCUGGACCUUUCACUCACAACAAACAAUGCAUCUAUAUCAUAAAGCAGCCCGUGGGAGAGCGAAUAGAGGUCACCUUCACCCACGUGGAGCUGGAAGGUCAGAGUGGCUGUUCUCAGAGUUACAUCGAGGUUCGAGAUGAUACAACCUUACUUGGAAAAGUCUGUGGCAAUGAAACUCUCUCUAAUAUUAAAUCCAUUACCAAUAGUAUUUGGAUCAGGCUUACAAUGGAUGCUUCUGUUGUAAGAGCUAGUUUCACAGCUGAUUAUCAAGUCGCUUGUGGAGGUGACUUAACUGGAGAAGGGGUCAUUCGUUCCCCCUUUUAUCCUAACGUGUAUCCAGGAGAAAGGACCUGCAGGUGGACUAUCCACCAGCCCCAAAGCCAAGUAGUUCUUCUCAACUUCACUGCCUUUGAAAUUGGAAGUUCUGUCCACUGUGAUACAGAUUAUAUUGAGGUUGGUAGCAGUUCCAUUUUGGGUUCUAUUGAAAAUAAAAAAUAUUGUGGCACAGACAUACCUUCAUUUAUAACAUCUGUGUACAAUUUUCUUCAUGUCAUAUUUGUGAAAAGUUCCUCCACUGAAAAUCGUGGUUUCAUGGCGAAGUUCAGUACUGCAGAUUUGGCAUGUGGAAAAAGUCUUACAGAACCCACAGGAAUCAUUCAAAGUCCUGGCCAUCCAAAUAUCUACCCCCAUGGUGUUAACUGUACCUGGCAUAUAUUAGUGCAACCUGGCUUCCUGAUUAAGUUGAUAUUCAGGAGAUUUCAUCUGGAGUUUCAUUACAAUUGCACAAGUGACUAUCUGGACAUUUAUGACACUGGUUCUGAGACAUUUCUUGGGAGGUAUUGUGGGAAAUCAAUCCCGCCUUCUCUUACCAGUAGUAGCAACUCAUUAAUGCUUGUGUUUGUGGCUGACUCUGACCUCGCUUAUGAAGGCUUUUUAAUAGACUACGAAGCAACAAAUGCAUCGGCAGUAUGCUUAAUAGACUAUACAGAAUUAUCUGGGACCUUCACUUCUCCAAACUACCCCAAUAAUUACCCCGACAAUUGGAAUUGCAUUUAUCGGAUCACGGUAGGAACCAGCCAACAGAUUGCACUGCACUUCACAAAUUUCUCCUUGGAGGAGGCCUUUGGUGGAAAAUGUAUGGAUUUUGUGGCCAUCAAAGAUGGAGGUUAUGAAACUUCACCAUCUCUGGGAGAAUACUGUGGCUCAACUCUACCUCCAAGAAUCAUCUCUCACAGUAACAAACUGUGGUUACAAUUUAAAAGUGACUCUUUGGAGUCAAGGUCUGGAUUCUCAGCUUACUGGGAUGGAUCAUUAACAGGUUGUGGGGGCAAUCUCACCACUUCCACUGGCACGUUCACGUCUCCCAACUACCCCAUGCCCUACUACCACAGUUCUGAGUGUUAUUGGUGGCUGAAAUCCAGCCAGGGCAGCCCGUUUGAACUGGAAUUUGAAGAUUUUCACUUGGAGCAUCACCCAAACUGCACUUUAGAUUAUCUGGCUGUAUAUGAUGGCCCGAGCACCAGUUCUCACCUGCUAACUCAGCUUUGUGGGAGUGAGAAACCGCCUCUCAUUCGUUCGAGUGGAGACAGCAUGCUUUUAAAACUGCGGACAGAUGAAGGUCAACAAGGAAGUGGCUUCCUGGCCAAAUACCAGCAGACGUGUAAGAACGUGAUGAUUGUGAAUCAAACCUAUGGCAUCUUAGAGAGUAUCCAUUAUCCAAGUCCCUAUUCUGUCAAUCAGCGUUGCAACUGGACCAUCCAAGCGACAACUGGCAACACUGUGAAUUACACAUUUUUAGGCUUUGAAUUGGAACUUCACAUAAACUGCUCCACAGACUACUUAGAGCUCUAUGACGGCCCACAGAGGAUGGGACGCUACUGUGGAACUGACAUGCCGCCUUCGGGGACUACCACAGGCUCCAUUCUUCAAGUGCUGUUCUAUACCGAUGGGACCGGGCACGGCGAGAAAGGAUUCCAGAUGCAGUGGUCCAUUCACGGUUGUGGUGCGGAGUUGUCUGGGGCCACUGGCUCCUUCAGCAGCCCCGGAUACCCCAACCCGUACCCCCCCAACAAAGAGUGUAUCUGGUACAUUCGCACAGCCCCUGGGAGCAGCGUUCAGCUCACCAUCCACGACUUUGACGUGGAGUAUCACGAAAGCUGCAAGUUUGACGUCCUGGAGAUCUAUGGAGGCCCUGAUUUCCACUCACCCAGAAUAGCCCAGUUGUGUGUCCAGAGAUCAUCUGAGAAUCCCAUGCGGGUCUCCAGCACUGGAAAUGAGCUAGCCAUCCGAUUUCAGACCGACAACCUCAUAAACGGGAGAGGCUUCAAUAUCUCAUGGCAAGAAGUCCCUGGAGGUUGUGGUGGGAUUUUCCAGGCUCCCAGUGGAGAGAUUCAUUCUCCGAAUUACCCCAGUCCUUAUAGGAGUAACACUGAGUGUUCCUGGGUCAUUCAAGUUGAAAGACAUCACCGUGUUCUCUUGAACUUCACUGACUUUGACCUUGAAGCUCAGGACUCUUGUAUUGUGGCAUAUGAUGGUCUAAGCUCCACCACUGCCCGCCUUGCUGGUGUGUGUGGAAGACAGCAGCUCACUAACCCAGUCAUCUCUUCAGGAAACAGCCUCUUUGUGAGGUUUCAGUCUGGCCCUUCCAGACAGAACCGGGGCUUCCGAGCUCGUUUCAGGCAAGCCUGUGGAGGCUACAUCCUCACCAACUCAUUUGAUACGAUAUCCUCUCCAUUGUUCCCUGCCAAGUAUCCAAACAAUCAGAACUGCAGCUGGAUAAUUCAAGCUCAACCUCCAUUCAAUCAUAUUACCCUCUCCUUCACCCACUUUGGACUUGAAAGCAGCACAAUGUGUACCCGAGACUUCUUAGAAAUUUUGGAUGGUGGUUAUGAUGACGCGCCCCUCCGAGGCCGCUAUUGUGGCGCCACCAUGCCCCAUCCCGUCACUUCCUUCAGCAAUGCUCUGACGCUGAGGUUCAUCUCUGAUUCUAGUGUGAGUUUUGAUGGUUUCCGUGCUACCUAUGCCGCAUCAUCCUCAGCUUGUGGUGGAAACUUCCACAUGACUGAAGGCGUCUUCAACAGCCCUGGCUACCCGGAAGUUUAUCCUUCUAACGUGGAAUGUGUCUGGAACAUUGUCAGUUCCCCUGGCAACCGGCUCCAGCUGUCUUUUAUAAACUUCCAAUUGGAGGAGUCUCAGGACUGUAGCAGAUUUGUAGAGAUCCGGGAAGGAAACGCUACUGGUCACUUGGUGGGACGAUACUGUGGAAAUGUCCUCCCCGUCAAUUAUUCAUCCAUUGUUGGGCAUAGCCUGUGGAUUAGAUUUGUCUCAGAUGGCUCCAGCAGUGGCACAGGCUUCCAGGCCACAUUUACUAACGUCUUUGGCAAUGAUAAUAUUGUGGGAACUCAUGGGAAAAUUGCCUCUCCCUUAUGGCCUGGAAAUUACCCCCACAACUCUGAUUACCAGUGGAUAGUGAAUGUGAAUGCCUCUCAAGUUGUCCAUGGUAGAAUCCUGGAGCUAGACAUUGAAUCGGCAGAAGACUGCUAUUAUGACAAAUUAAGGAUUUAUGAUGGGCUUGGAAUUCAUUCCCGUCUGAUUGGAACUUACUGUGGUACCCAGAUUGAAUCUUUUAGCUCCACUAGAAAUUCUUUGACAUUUCGGUUUUCUUCUGACUAUUCAGUCUCAGGGAAAGGAUUCCUUCUGGAGUGGUUUGCAAUGAAUGCCUCUGUUGGACCUUUACCUACCAUUGCUCCAGGUGCGUGCGGUGGGUUCCUGAGGACGGGAGAGGCGCCACUCUUCCUUUUCUCUCCCGGCUGGCCCGACAGCUAUGGUAACAGGGCUGACUGUAUGUGGCUUAUCCAGGCUCCUGAUUCCACGGUGGAACUCAACAUCCUCUCCAUGGACAUCGAAGCUCACAGGACAUGCAACUAUGAUAAACUUGUGAUACGAGAUGGAGACAAUAACUUGGCCCAGCAGCUAGCAGUUCUCUGUGGCAGAGAGAUCCCUGGACCCAUCCGUUCUACUGGAGAGUACAUGUUCAUCCAUUUCACCUCGGACUUCAGCAUAACCAGAGCGGGCUUUAACGCAUCCUUUCACAAGAGUUGUGGUGGAUAUCUGCAUGCAGACAGAGGGAUAAUCACGUCACCCAACUAUCCAGAGACCUACCCUUCCAACCUCAACUGCUCUUGGCACGUCCUGGUUCAGAGAGGUCUGACCAUUGCCGUCCAUUUUGAACAGCCCUUCCAGAUUCCAAACAGUGACUCUUCUUGUAACCAGGGUGAUUACUUGGUGCUCAAAAACGGACCUGAUAUCUAUUCUCCACCCUUGGGACCUCAUGGAGGAAGUGGUCAUUUCUGUGGCAGCCGUCCUUCAUCCACUCUGUUCACCUCAGAUAAUCAAAUGCUUGUUCAGUUUAUUUCUGAUAAUAGUAACGGAGGGCAAGGAUUUAAGAUCAAAUACGAGGCAAAGAGUUUAGCCUGUGGGGGCAACAUCUACAUCCAUGAUGCGGAUUCUGCUGGAUACGUGACCUCCCCCAACCACCCUGACAAUUAUCCCCAGCACGCUGAUUGCGUCUGGCUCAUAGCUGCUCCUCCCGGAAAGCUCGUAAGGCUGCAGUUUGAAGAUCGAUUCAGUAUUGAAGUCACACCCAACUGUACAUCUAAUUAUCUUGAGUUGCGAGACGGAGCUGAUUCAAAUGCACCAGUGAUUUCCAAGUUUUGUGGGACAUCUUUGCCUAGCAGUCAGCUGUCCUCAGGAGAGAUGAUAUAUUUGAGAUUCCGGUCUGACAACAGCUCCACUCAUGUGGGAUUCAAGGCCAAAUAUUCUAUAGCCCGGUGUGGGGGCAGAGUGACAGGGCAAAGUGGUGUCAUCGAAAGCAUCGGCUAUCCAACACUUCCAUAUAUAGAUGAUUUAUUCUGUGAGUGGCAUCUCCAGGGUCCCUUAGGACACUAUCUCACCAUCCAUUUUGAAGACUUUAACCUUCAGAAUUCCUCUGGUUGUGAAAAAGACUUUGUGGAGAUCUGGGAAAACCACGCCUCUGGAAAUUUACUCGGCAGAUACUGUGGAAACACCAUUCCUGACAGCGUAGACACUUCUAGCAAUGUAGCUUUGGUCAGGUUUGUCACAGAUGGAUCUCUUACUGCCUCAGGAUUCAGACUACGGUUUGAAUCCAGCUUGGAAGAGUGUGGUGGGGAUCUCCAGGGCCCCAUUGGAAUAUUUACAUCUCCCAACUACCCGAACCCAAAUCCUCAUGGCCGGAUCUGUGUGUGGAGAAUCACCGUGCAGGAAGGAAGACGGGUCACACUAACUUUUAACAACCUGAGGCUGGAAGCUCAUCCAUCCUGCACCAGUGAGCAUGUGACAGUACUCAAUGGCCUCAGAAGUAACUCACCCCAGCUUGCGAAGCUGUGUAGCAGUGUGAAUGGAAGCAAUGAGAUCAAAUCUUCAGGAAAUACCAUGGAAGUCAUUUAUUUCACUGAUGGAUCCAGGCCAUAUGGAGGCUUCACUGCUUCCUACACAUCCAGUGAAGAUGCAGUGUGUGGCGGGUCCCUAACAAAUUCCCCUGAAGGAAACUUUACUUCUCCUGGCUAUAAUGGAGUCAGUAAUUACUCAAGAAAUCUAAACUGUGAAUGGACUCUCAGCAAUCCAAAUGAGGGAAAUUCAUCCAUUUACAUUCAUUUUGAGGCUUUUCACCUAGAAAGUCACCAAGACUGUCAAUUUGAUGUCCUAGAGUUCCGAGUGGGUAAUGCUGAUGGACCUCUGAUAUGGAGAUUGUGUGGACCUUCAACUCCUGCAAUGCCGCUGGUUAUCCCUUAUUCUCAGGUAUGGAUACACUUUGUCACCAACGAACAUGUGGAACACGUUGGAUUCCAUGCAGAGUAUUCCUUUACAGACUGUGGUGGCAUACAGAUGGGUGAGAGUGGAGUCAUCGCAAGUCCGAACUAUCCAGCCUCUUAUGACAGCUUGACCCACUGUUCUUGGUUGUUGGAAGCGCCACAAGGACACACCAUCACCCUUACAUUUAGUGACUUUGAUAUUGAAGCCCAUUCAACUUGUGCUUGGGACUCUGUCACUGUCAGGAAUGGUGGUUCUCCUGGAUCGUCCAUAAUAGGACAAUACUGUGGAAGUUCAAACCCAAGGCCAAUACAGUCUGGUUCUAACCAGCUGGUGGUGAUUUUUAACUCAGACCAUUCGGUGCAAAGUGGUGGAUUUUAUGCUACGUGGAACACACAAACUUUAGGCUGUGGUGGAAUACUUCACUCAGAUAAUGGUACAAUCAGAUCCCCUCACUGGCCUCAGAAUUUUCCCGAAAACAGCCGAUGUUCCUGGACAGUCAUUACUCAUGAAAGUAAUCACCUGGAGAUCAGCUUUGACAACCACUUCCGAAUCCCCAGUGGUGAUGGACAGUGUCAGAACAGCUUUGUGAAGGUGUGGGCCGGCACUGAGGAGGCGGACAAAGCCCUGUUAGCCACCGGCUGUGGGAACGUGGCUCCCAGCACCGUCCUCACACCAAGAAAUGCAUUCACGGCCGUGUUCCAGUCUCAGGAGGCCCCAGCUCAGGGCUUCUCUGCAUCCUUUGUAAGCCGAUGUGGAAGUAAUUUCACUCAACCUUCAGGUUACAUUGUUUCUCCAAACUACCCAAAGCAAUACGAUAACAACAUGAACUGCACCUACAUCAUAGAGGCUAAUCCUCUGUCUGUGGUCCUCUUGCUGUUUGUAUCUUUCCAUUUGGAAGCUCGCUCAGCAGUCACGGGAAGCUGUGAUAACGAUGGUGUGCACAUCAUCAGGGGUCGCAGCGUAGCUUCCACGCCUUUGGCCACCGUGUGUGGUGAUGAGAUCCUGUCCCCGGUCACCACCUCCGGUCCAGUGCUGCUUAAUUUCUACUCUAACUCACACACCACCGAUUUUGGAUUCAAGUUUUCCUAUAGGAUCACCUCCUGUGGGGGUGUGUUCAACUUCUCCACUGGGAUCAUCACAAGCCCUGCCUAUUCGUACUCAGACUACCCCAGCGAUAUAUACUGUUUGUAUAACAUCACCGUGGCAGACAACAAAGUGAUUCUGCUCAAGUUUAUUGAUUUUGAUGUGGUCCCUUCCACCUUCUGUUCCCAAGACUACCUGGCAAUUUAUGAUGGUUCUACCAUCAGUGAUCCCCUUCUUGGCAAAUUCUGUGACUCCAAUCUUCCACCAAAUGUGAGAAGCAACAGGAAUAGCAUGGUCCUGGCAUUCAAGACAGAUGCAUCUCAAACAGCAAGAGGUUGGAAGGUGUCUUUCCGGCAGACAUUGGGACCUCAGCAAGGAUGUGGUGGCUCUCUGACCGGUUCAAAUGAUACCUUUGCCUCUCCUGACGCUGAUUCAAAUGGCAGAUACGACAAGAAUUUAAACUGCGUGUGGUUCAUAGUUGCCCCUAUAAACAAACUAAUCAAACUCACCUUCAAUACAUUUGCUCUGGAGUCAGCAUCUGUUUUGGGAAGAUGCAUCUAUGAUUAUGUGAAGUUGUAUGAUGGGGAUAGUGAAAGCGCCAACUUGGCUGGAACGUUUUGUGGUUCCACUGUACCUGCUCCCUUUGUCUCUUCUAGUAACUUCCUGACAGUUCAAUUUGUCAGUGACGUAACUUUAGAAAGGGAAGGAUUUAAUGCUACAUAUACCAUCAUCAACAUGACUUGUGGUGGAACAUAUAAUGCAACUCGGACCCCACAAAAUAUGUCAUCACCCAAUUCAUCAGAUCCGGAUGUCCCGUUUUCCACCUGUACUUGGAUCUUUGAAGCUCCCCGACAUCAGCAGGUUGAGAUAACUGUGUGGAAACUACAGCUGCCCCCGCAAGAUUGCCACCAGAAUUACUUAGAGUUUCAGGACGCACCACAGAAUAAUGGAAAUCCAGGAAUUCACUUCUGUGGCAGAAAUGCUUCAGCUGUGCCAACGUUGUAUUCUUCUACAAGCACCGCAGUUGUCAUUUUCAAGUCAGAAGUCUUUAAUGAAAACACUGCAGUGGGUUUUACCUAUCAGAUUGCAGGUUGCGACAGGCAAUACAACAAGGCGUUUGGCAACCUGAAGAGUCCUGGGUGGCCAGAUAAUUACGACAAUAACGUGGACUGCGCCGUUACCCUCACAGCUCCACAGAACCACACUAUUUCUCUCUUCUUCCAUUCAUUUGGCAUCGAGGACUCAAGCGAAUGCAGACAUGAUUUCUUGGAGGUCAGAAAUGGAAGUGAUAGCAGCUCACCAUUACUUGGCACGUAUUGUGGAACUCUGUUGCCAGAUCCUAUCUUCUCUCAAAAUAAUGAACUAUACCUACGAUUUAAGAGUGAUGGUGCAACUUCCAACCGUGGAUAUGAAAUUAUCUGGACUUCAUCACCCUCCGGCUGUGGUGGAACUCUUUACGGAGAGAGCGGCUCCUUCACCAGCCCUGGCUAUCCGGGCACUUACCCGAACCACACUCACUGCGAAUGGACCAUCAUUGCUCCUGCUGGAAGGCUUAUCACCGUCAGCUUUUACUUUAUCAGCAUUGACGACCCUGGAGACUGUGUCCAGAAUUAUCUCAUCCUCCAUGAUGGACCAAAUGUUAAUUACCCAUCCUCUGGACCAUAUUGCGGCGCAGACACUAACAUAGCUGCCUUUGUGGCCUCCUCGAAUCGGGUCUUCAUAGAAUUUCAUGCAGAAUAUGCAGUGCGUCCAUCAGCAAUCCGGUUAACUUGGGACAGCUAAACGCGCAUGUGUGUGUUCUCUCUGCCCUCUGGCCAUCAGACCUCAUGCGGGACAGAAUUCUGCCAUCCUGAUCCGUGACCCUGCGUGUGCCACUGAGAAUAAUUUGAACUUUUAUGGUUUUCACCAAAGGAUGUACAGAAUCAAUAUUUGUACAUUUUUUUUUAAUGUAGAAUGUAGCUUCUUUAGUCCUGGCUGCCACGUCAUCCUUCUAACACUGAGCUGAAAUUUUCUAAAAUUCCAUAAAGAGUUGGAAAUGAUUGUGACUUAUGUGCUGUACAUUUUCAAAAGUUGAUGAUAAAAUAGAAGUAUGAUUUUCACUGUGAAUGUAAAAUUAGGGGUAAUAAACACUAUUGAA